UUCUUAUUCGAAAAACAAGUGUGUGAGCGAGCUAGUAUCAAGCACACACCAAAUUUUUCUUUAUUUUUGUUGUAAAAAAAAAGUGAAGUCCAAAAAAGAAAAUCCCUUGCUGUUUGCUAAUUUUCUCUCGCACUUUGCGAUUAAAAGCAGAAAAUAAAAUAAACCCCCAAAAUAAUAAAGAAAAGUUUUUUUAUUGUUGUCUGCAUGAUAAAGUCCUGCUGUGAAUUACAAUAAACUUUAUUCUUUUUUUGCCAACCAAACCUGAAAAAUCAACCUCUCCUCCACCUCAACUUUUGUGCUCGCGCUGCCUCUUUUUUUCUUGAGUCAUCAACGAGAUCUUUUUAUUAAAAAAAAAAAAAACUUUCAAAUAAUUCUUGAAGCUCGCUCGCGAGAAAAAAUAAAGAAUUCGCAAAGUGUUUGCUGUAUUUUAGUUGUGUAUAUUUUUUAAUUUUAUUUAUUUCCAUAAAAUUUUGUAAAUAUCAAAGCUCCACUUUUUGGACACAAGAAACCUUCGAGUUUGUAGAUUCCCACAUCUCUUAUUCUGUGGUGUGAGAAGAUGGCGAUGGAAAUUGGCACUCAAAUGAAUGGUCAUACGGCUAUUGGUGCAAAGAAAAAGGAUGCUGCCGAAAAGGAGAACUUAUGGUCGGCAAUAUUGAGCGAGGUUCAAAAGCAGGGCAGCACAAAACUUCCAUCGAACAAAUCUGUUUUAGUAUUAGGUGAUAAUGCCACGGGAAAGACAACACUAAUCGCUAAACUGCAAGGCGUUGAGGAUCCGAAGAAAGGUUCUGGCCUAGAAUAUGCUUACAUUGAUGUUAAGGACGAAUACAGAGAUGAUAUGACUCGAUUAGGUGUUUGGGUUCUUGAUGGCGAUCCAGGUCAUGUAAAUCUCUUGAAGUAUGCCUUAAACGAAAAUAACUAUGCACACACCUUAGUGAUACUCACAGUGUCAAUGACAGCACCGUGGUCAUGGCUCGAGCAACUUAAUCAUUGGAUAAAAGUGCUUGCAGAACAUAUUGAGAGCCUUAAAUUGGAUCCCGAGGAGAGUAGAGAUGCCCGCCAACGUCUAAUUACUUCAUGGCAAAGUUAUUGUGAAGUUGGCGAUGAUCUAGAUCCUGGUUCUCCUAUAAAACGAUCAGUUCGUAAUAAUUCUGUUGAUGAUGAUGAUUUAUUGCCUCUGACAGAAGGGGCGCUUACAACAAAUCUUGGUCUAGAUAUGGUUGUAGUUGUCACAAAAACCGACUAUAUGACGACAUUAGAAAAAGAAUACGAUUAUAGGGAUGAGCAUUUCGAUUUUAUACAACAGUGGAUACGUAGAUUUUGUCUACAGCAUGGAACAUCUCUGUUUUAUACCAGCGUUAAGGAAGACAAGAACUGUGAUCUGCUCUAUAAAUAUUUAACUCAUAGAAUUUACGAUUUACCAUUCCGUACACCUGCGCUUGUUGUUGAAAAAGAUGCUGUUUUAAUUCCUGCUGGAUGGGAUAAUCUAAAGAAAAUAAGUAUUUUGUACGAGAACAUGCAUUCAUGCAAAGCCGAGGAUUACUAUACGGACAUUAUUAUCGCUCCUCCAUCCCGGAAGACUGUUUCGAAUCGAGAAGCUGAGGUUCAAACUGAAGACGAACAAACUUUCCUGCAGAGGCAACAGCAAAUUCUUCAACAAGGUCAGGGUCAAAUCCGUGGAGAAUCGCCACUGCGUUCUCAAGGUGGUAAUAAAAAUGUUACACGAACACCAGGCUCGACAAGUCAAAGCUCGCCCAUAAAGAUUGAUCCUAAACUCAAUCCAUCAACACCUGGGGGUGAGGGUGUCCUUGCUAAUUUCUUUAAUUCUUUACUGCACAAAAAAUCAGGUUCGCCUGCAACUCCACCGGGUACACUCAAUUCACCUCGCACAGCUAAUGGCACAGAUGUCUCAAUUACACCCGAAAAGUUUUCAGUACGCACCGACGCAGCUGCUGAGCUCGAUAGACUGGCAAGGAGUGUGAAAAAGGAUAUUGAUUUUUCGCAAUCAGAUUGUUAAAAAAUAACCGCCAACGCCAAUGGUUAGCAAUGGAUGGUUAAAUAUAGCAAUAUUCACAAAAUCCAACUUAAUGAUGUAAUCCCAAUUGUUUCAAUAAGAGGCAGUUCUCAGCGCCUGCGCAGAUAUAUAGUUUCAGCUUACAAAAUAAUUAACUUAUUAAUUUUUAUUAUAAUAAAUAACAAAGAAAAAAGAUGUUAUAAUAAUCAAAUUAUGAUAACUUUCUAUUGUAUAUUUAUGCCCAAUGAAACGAGAUUAAAUUUCAGUAAGAUACAA